UGGUCUGGUGUCGUCUUCCAUCAAAUCGUUACCAUGGAACAAACUUCUUUUCUUAACCCGGUCGUCCCGUACAGCACCCCCAUCAAUGGAGGACUCAUGCCCGGUCGAGCCAUCACCAUCGUGGGGUGUGUGACUGCAAAUGCACACAGGUUCGAAGUGAAUCUGUGUCACUCAUCAGGGAUUGCAAUGCACUACAACCCACGCUUCGAUGAAAAAGCCGUGGUGAGAACCACGCUGGAUGGAGAGACCUGGGGCAAGGAGGAGAGGGACGGACCCAUGCCCUUCUCCAGAGGACACGCCUUUAUACUGACCAUCUGCUGUGAGGUUCCAUGUUUCCGGGUCUUUGUGGACGGGCUACUGGUUCACAACUACAAGCACCGCUUUGACAAUCUGCAGCAGAUCACCAGCGUCAAGAUUGAAGGGGAUGUAACUCUCACCUCAGUCGUGGUCUGAGCAGGGCCAGGGACCAAACACAAGCAAAACUUCUAUAAGAUAAACCACUUAACGUCCUUAUACGCUUCACUGUCCAGUUGUAUUGUUGCAUAGACCUCAGCUUGAGUCAGUCUAAUACUAUAUAGGUCAUAGUUUUCAGAUUUAAUUUCUGACGGUGACGUCACUAACCCCGUAUCUAACCCCUCUACCAUCUAACCAUCAUCCAUCUAACCAUCUAACCCUGUAGAACCCAGACAUAGAAAUAUUUGUUUGAAAAAAUCAUCCAGGCUAAAUUUUAGUCAAUGGGGAUGGGUAAGAACAAAAUUUGUCAAUAUUUUUGGUAAGCAGCAUUCAUUGACCAAAUUUGAUGAUGUAGCACAUUUGCAACGUUGGGCUUUUCAGGCAGCAUUUUGACGUAAGUAUAGUAACUACAACUAACUAAAAAACAAAACAAAAAACAGGCUAUAGUAACUUUAUUGAAACUGAAAUAUUGAAUACAAACUGCAAACAGAUCAGGCAGAACAUUACUUCUGAAGAAGAGGUAGAUGUACCAUCAUCAGGCCUUCAUCGGGUACCUGUACUUCGAAAUGAGGCAGUCUAGGAAGUCAACACCCCCCAUG